CGCUGCGCCUCGGGGCGGCCUCAGGGACAGCGGGGAGAGCGGGAAGGUAAUGAGAAGUUUGAAAUCAUGGCUGGAAAACCGAAACUUUACUACUUUAAUGGAAGAGGCAAGAUGGAAUCAGUUCGCUGGUUGUUAGCUGCAGCUGGUGUUGAGUUUGAAGAAGAGUUUUUGGAAACCCAAGAGCAGUAUGAAAAGCUCCUGCAAGGUGGAUCCCUGCUGUUUCAGCAAGUGCCCAUGGUGGAGAUCGAUGGGAUGAAGAUGGUGCAGACCAGAGCCAUCCUCAGCUACAUAGCUGCAAAAUACAACCUCUACGGGAAGGACCUGAAGGAGAGAGCCCUGAUUGAUAUGUAUGUUGGAGGAACUGAUGACCUUAUGGGCUUCAUUAUGAUGUUCCCAUUCUUAUCAGCUGAGGAUAAAGAGAAACAACGUGCUACUAUAGUUCAAAAGGCAACAAGCAGAUAUUUCCCAGCAUAUGAAAAGAUUUUGAAAGACCAUGGGCAGAACUUUCUUGUUGGCGGCAGUUUUAGCUGGGCAGAUGUUCAUCUUCUUGAAGCUAUUUUAAUGGUAGAAGAGAAGAAGUCAGACGUGCUCUCUGGCUUUCCUCAGUUACAGGCAUUUAAAGCAAGGAUAAGCAGUAUCCCCACAAUCAAGAAAUUUCUAGAGCCGGGAAGCCAGAGAAAACCUCUUCCUGAUGAUAAUUACGUGGAGACUGUGAGGAGAGUUCUCCGCAUGUAUUAUGACGUAAAAGCAAAUUAGUGUGCCUAGCAAAAACACGUACUAAUUGAGAGCGAAGAUGAAGAGGUGUUCAAAAGGAGUUUCAGUGGGCAGUAUCUCGUGUUGUCUCAUACAAAAUACAGUAGGCAGGCAUCUUUUAUAAUUCUUUACUACUAUCCUUUUUUUUUCCUUCAUUCUUCUUGAGAUUUUUCUUAUAAUAUUAAGCAAGUGAGGUAGCAGCAAGCGUGCUGUCUUCCCUAGGACUCUUUUAAAGAGCAAAGAAGAAGGAAGUGUGAGUUGCUGCCUGACAGCUUCAGCACGUUCUGCUGCUUCUGAGGAUUUUCUUUUGAGAUCCAGAUCAGAUUUUUGUAGAUGAUUUGCUUCCAGUUCAGGCCUUUAUUGCUUUUAAUAUCACGGUAGGCAAAUGAAAUGGGUGUUUUUUUAAAGAAAGUAGGAGGGAGAUGUUUCUCUUGCCAGUUCUAUGCAACACCAGUGACUUGUCUGAAAAGUCAGCAUUGUGCCUUUAUAACUAAGCUGCACUUUAAUUACUGAGUUAGGAAACAAGUUGACUGACAAAUGGCAUUUUUGUGUAACUGCUGUAAUUAGAGGAUCUGUUCUAAUCAAAUAAACUUUCUAUUUUUA